AUGAAUAUUCCUCGAGUGCAGGCUUCUAUAAAAGCGCCAACCCGAGCCUCCUCAAGCUGGACCGUCACAGCUCGUCGUGUAGCAUAUCACCGUGGCACUCUUUCCCAGCUUGGCCGAUUUACUACAGUACCAGCAAGACUCUACCAAAACAUGGCCUCAGCAUCUAGGUCAUCGAGUUUCAAACUACAAGAAAAGCUUAUUCCCAACAUGGGUUCUCGGGGAAAGAGUAUGGACAGUCUUAAAGAACAUCUUACGUAUGACAAGCUGGACAGACUACGCAACUUCUGGUUCGAGCAUUUGCCGCAGGAUACUGAUCGCAUCAUCGCUGGAUCAGAGUACCAAAAGAGAUGGUUCGUUUCAGACAAGCAAUUCGACGAUAUCUGCGUCGCUGAAUUUAGCCCUAUACUAGAGGCCAUUCGCAACACGGGUGUGACGUCUGGAAAACAUCUUCUAUCCAUCGUCAAACCUCGCAGUUCUCUAGAUUGGUUAAGUCUGAUCAUUCUACUCGAUCAAAUCCCUCGCAACUCCUAUCGCGGCGACAAAGCUUCCGUAUGCUUUACUUACUUUGACCCUCUCGCUGUCCAAAUCUCCCUCGAGGCAAUCGCCCAGGGUAUUCCGGACAACGCACCAGAGAUCCGCUGGGUGUUUUCGCAUCGCAAUUGGUUCUACAUGCCUUUGAUGCACUCUGAGGAUUUAUCAGUGCAUGAUGAAGCUGUGUCGGCGUUUAACCGCAUGAACGAAGAUAUUCUGAGUUUGACGGAAGGAACGGGAGGUACGGAUGAGUAUGAGAGAAAGGCGAGAGAGGUCGUACAAGCAGAUCCAAACAAAGCAAAGAACGUGGGACAAACGAGUGUAGAGUUUGAGGAGAGACAUCGGGUGAUUAUUGAGAGAUUUGGAAGGUAUCCGCACAGAAACAAGGUCCUCGGACGAAAAAUGAGAUCAGAAGAGAAUGACUUUCUCUCGAGUGGAGGAGAUACAUUUGGAAGUUAG